GUAUACGCGAAUGCGUAAUCAGGCAUAAAAUUAAGCCAUUUGAUGCGAUAUCGGAGUUUGGAUUAUCGAAGACAUACGCGCGCCUAUAUUCUAUAUUAUUUGACGAUACUUGUCAGAAGAUAACAUAUUUCUAUUCUCUAUAUCGUUUCAGUAAGAAGAUAUCUGUAUUUAUAUAAACAUCGAAGGAAGCCCACAUUGUGUUUUGAAAAAGUCGAUUGAAAUUUAUGACCAAACAGGAUUCCGUGAAGUAUCCCUGAUAUUGAGCAUGCGACGUAAAUAAUAUCAUGGUAAAAGAAAGACAAAACUGGAGCACGACACAUCUGACGUUUGUGAAUAAACAGUAGUUUCGGCCGAUAAAUCCAAAAGGCGCGAUCUAUGACAUGUAAGAGGUUAGGUAAAAUGUCAAUCAGAAAAUAUCUCGUAGAGACAGACACCGAACGCUGUUAGCAAUCGUGACGAAGAUACGUAGAAAUAUGAUGAUUUUUGAUGUUCCGGUGUCGCGAGUUCAUGCAAAGGACAAAUCACGAACUCGGAAAUUGAAAAUCUCGUUAAUUAAUAUAUCGAUGCAAUAAAUGUACAUUAACGGAUGAAAUGUGCAAUGUUACGACACAUGUACGCUUUAUUAAACUGCCAAAGAUAGUGCGGUAUUAAAAUCUGUGUGCUUUUUUUUUUGCACGAUUUUGCCAAAACGGUAUAUCGGGAUAUCGGGCAGACUGGGAUGAGUUACUCCAACUUUGGCAGAGGAAGGGGCUUCCGGCCACGAGGUACGCGUGUCACUUCAAGCUCGUUUGGUAGAGCCCGAUUCAUACCUCCACUCUUUCAACAUGUAGGCCCACCGAGACCAGGGCGUGGUGCACCAUUCAUGCCCUGGCAACCGAACAAUAUGUUUUUUCAGCGCCACUUGUUGCGUGGUAAUCCGCAGUUCAGAUCAGGCGGUAGGAGAAAAAAUUUCUGUGGUUACAACGCUCGAUUAGCUGCUCGCAAUAGACUGCCCUUGCCUUCGGAUUAUGAGGAUAUUAUUAUUCCGCUGGAUUUGAAUAGUUUACAGAUAGAGAAUAAUCAGAUUGAUACACCGCAGCUUCCCCUUCCUGGUUCUGAAGAAGAGCGACAGCAGAAGAUAGCGGAAACGGCGGAUAGACUGAAGCAAAAAUUGUCUUGUUUCAACAACGAUGAAAUAAUAAAUAGUCAAAACGACGACACGCCGCUUUCGUCCAAUGUUGCAGAAGAUGAUUAUACAAACGAUAUAAGUGUUCCUGUGCUCAGGUAUCCACAAGUUGAACUCAAUUUGACAUUCAAUGAUUUGAGAGAUAUUGGAAAAAUAAAUCCUGAUAAUUCAAGACUCAAUAACACACAAUAUAUAUCUAAUGUUACUAAUAAUACAAAUAGUGAUAUAGCAAUAUUAGAAAAAAAUGAAGAUGAAUCUCAACUAGAAGAGAUAUCUAACAAUCAAAUAGCAAAUCUGACAGUUGAGAAUGAGUAUUUGAAAAUGGACAACUGGCUUCAUGGAUCAGUCGAUAAGUGCCACGAUUUAGAACAACCAAAUUUACAUAAAGAUGACAAUGUUGAAGGUGAAUUAUUAGACUCGGAUCUUCAGUGUCAACUUAAAACAUCUUUGGCUAAUACUUUGCAAGAUUGCUGUGAUCAACAACAGGAUAUCUCUCAAGAAAAUGAAAUAUAUCCCACAAAUGCUGUGAUAGAACAAGAGGUAUCUAAAACGCCAAAUUUACAGAAUGUACCACUCCCAACUGAUUUGACAGAUCAGGAUAUUUUGCAUAAAAAUGCAUCACAAAAUGAACAGGAACCAGUGAUCACAAAUUUAGAAGUUCAAGAAAACGUUUUAGAAUCUCAGAUUUCUGCAAUAAGUAAUAAUUCUACAUCAUCGCAACCGGCAAUAGCUAAUGUAUCAGUAUUAAAUAAUGUUACAUCGAAUAAUCAAGUAUCGAAAAUAAUGAAAAGUCCCUUUCAUAAUGGACCACCAAAACUGUCUCCACAUACUGAGCAGACAGAAUUACCUAUUGAUUUUGAUCCAAGUACUCCACCACCAAUACUUGUAAAGCAGGAUCAACCAUAUGUUAUGCCUCCUAUACCUGAUAUGCUACCAUUAUUUAAUCCUACAGAACCACCACCGAAUAUCAGACAUUUACUAACAUCAACAAUAUCUAAGGGAAAAGAAAUUUCCAUGUGGAAUAAUAUAAAUGUUCAAAAUCCAAUACCUACCCUCUAUAAUAGCACAGAAACGCAUAUGGAAUUAAAUACAAAUGGAGGAUUUAUAUCUCAACAAUUACCGCUAGAAAGCCAAAAUAACGUUUUUCUGCCACCUCAUAUCGAUACAAUCCAGUUUUCUCCAUUAUUUUCUAUGCCAUCAGGCAAUUACCCUAUCAUGAAUCCAAAUGUUCCGCAUGCAAUAUUUCCAAUGCAUAAAAUAUCUCAUAUUGCAUCUUCAUCUUCUUCGCCGGAACUCUUGCCGCUUUCUGAUUGCAAUGCGAACAAGGACGACGGUUUAAACGACAUGCAAGAAGCUUUGAAAUUUGCAAAACAAAUGACAAAUAUAACGGAAAGAAGAGAUAAAGAAUCAGAUUCUAAAUCUCUUUGCGAAAGUAGUACCACAAUUAAUUCAGUUAGCAAUGUAGAGUCUAUAUCUUUGCCGCCGGGAAAACCAAAGACCAAAAUUAAUACAGUGAAGAAAACAAAACGAAAUGAUACUCAUAGUAAGAUAAUAUCUCAAGAACCAAAAGUAUCAAAUCAUCUGCCAUUAGAAGAAACCGUAGUGCAAGAUGCAAGAUUUACUGAUACAUCACUGAUGAAUGAACAAGAACGUCCCAAAGUAAUAUUUAAUUUAAAUAAUAAAACGAAAAUAGUAAAUACUAGAACUGGAUGGCGAGAGAGUAGUGAGAAAAAAAAUGGCAUAAUGCAAUCUGUACAAUCGGAGAAAACGUCUCCAAUUUUUAAAAAACACUUUGAAAAUACAUUAAAACGAAAUAAAGAAGAGCGGAAGAAUUUAAAGAAGAAUAAAAAUAAUGCAGGAAAUACAGCAUCAUCCGAGUCAAUUGUAAAUCAAAAUGUAUCAUCUCACAAAAAAAUUCAAAAGAAUACAGAAAAAUCUCAUUCUAAUGUUUCGUUGUCGUCGAAAACCAAUACACAAAAAUCAAUAAGUUGCAUAGAAAAGAUAGAAAACUCUAAGUCGGAAGCCUCUUGGAAAAACAAAGUCAUCAGCCGAUUUUUGAAGAUGAGUAAAAACGAUAUCUGUAACAUGGUGAAUAAUACUAGUCUUCGGAAGUUUGAUGUUAUAAUGAAGCGUCUAGUCAAAGAAAAGAAGCCUACAUUAUCCUUGGAGAUGAGACACGUUGAGAAUGAAAAGAUGAAAUUGCAUGAUCAGCAGGAAUUUGUGAAGCAGUUGAACGCGAUGAUGGAACCCGAUGCUAUUGUAUCUGUUACAGAUCUACCUACAGAAUUCAUUCAUCACUUAAACGAAGUUUUACAAAUGAAUGUACAACUGGACAAUCACCUCGAGUUUGGAGCAUCAGCUUCGAGUAAUCAUAACAGUCACUUGGAAGAUGCAAAUUAUGUAUUCAAUCCUGCAACAUCCUUUAUUUCAGACUGUACAAAUAGAACAGCACCAAACUAUAUAAAUCAAGAAUGCGAAAAAACUAAAAGCCAUACGACGAAAACGGAACAGGACAAAGAUGCGCAGAUACACUAUAUUAAUAAAAAUAACGAUUUUAACUUGAAAGACGAUGCUCAUAGUACUGUCGUAUUUAAUAACUCUAACAUUAGUAGUAGAUUAUCCGCUUUACAUCAUGAUCUGGAUGAUAUAUUUUCAGAAGUGACCAAAAAAAAUCAAACUCCCGCGGCAAUGAAGUAUUGUAACGCGAGCCAACAAAGUAUAAAAAAAAUUGACGACGGCGUGAUUAUAAAGAGUGCAGAGAAUGAUGCGUUUUUGGAAGACAGAACAGGUAAAUCGAAAAAUUGCGCGCACUGGAUCGAAAGAUGCGAUAGAUGGAAGAGAAAGGAAUGGGAAGAUCCACAUGCGUAUAGAAAUCUUACCAAAGAAGAGUGGGAAGCGAAAUAUGGAACUCAAGCAAACUCGAUAUCUUCGUCUUCUCUUACAAAACGAAUUAAUACUAGUGGUAAGAAUCAUUCAUCACAUAAAGAGCGUAUUAAAAAAUCUUAUCCACGACGCCGUCAUUCAUCUGAAUCAUCAAAGCAUACAACAAGCACAAGACACAGAACGUUGGAAAAAGACAAGCAUAAAAAAUCUAGACGACAUAGCGAUGAUAGAAGACAUAGUGUAGGAUAUUCACAGUACAAUAAUGAUCGAAACGAUGAUAAUACCAACAGUAGCAGCAGUAGCAGUAGCAGUAGUACCAGCAGCAGCAGCGAUGAUAGUAGUAGCAACACAGAACCAAUAAAUAAAAAGCUGUUAAGGGCAAUAAAAGAGAAAGAGAAGGUUGGCAAGAAAAUGUCAUUGAAUCAAACAAUAAGAGACGAGGUGAACGCCGAGAUAGAACGGGAACGCAAACAAAAGUCGAAGAAAUUGCGAAAAUAUAAAAAAUGGCGAAAACAGAAAAUACAUCAAAAAAAGAAGAAGAAACAUCAGCAAAGCAAGAAAACGACGAAUUCCUCCUUGGAUAAAGAUAACAACGAGGAAGUAAUCAAAUUGUUGAUGGAAAAUGAAAUUAAGAAAGAAAAUGUGGAAAAUCAAAUUACGCAAAAAAUAAUUAUUAAAGAAGAAUUGGAUAUCAAUCAAGAAGAGAAUACUAGAGAUGCUGAAUUUGUCAAUACUUCAAGUCACGUAGUCAUGGAAAAUAAAACUGCGUAUUCGUUCCCGGAAUCUGACGGUAAAUUUGAAUCUGCUUUUUUAACAACGCAAGAAACUCCAAUCACAACUGUUAAUCAAUCGCAUGCUGAAGAUAGACCACCGACAGCCUCCCCGACGCAACUGAAAACUAAAGCACAACUGAAGCAAAUGCCAGAAACGUCGAAUACGAAUGAUAACAAAAGUUAUCUCAAUGUAUUUACGAGCCUGCCAGAGGAUUGGGAUACGAUUAAUCCGACAGAAUGCUCGGAGAGUUUGAAUAAAUCUGAUCAAAUAAUCGACAUUAAUUGUAAUCGGGAUGAAACCGAAGCUCUAUCGACGAUUGACAAUUUCUCGAACAAUAUAAAAGAUUGCGAGCAUUUAUUACGCGACGAUUCUAAUGAAACUGCGAUAUCCCGAUUGCCCGAUAGAACGGUGUGUAUUCCUAACGAUUCGUUUAUCAGCACCAUUAAAAGAAAAGGCGAUACUGAUAUCGUAGCUUCCGUUAACAUGUCAGACAAAGCGGCGACCUGCGACAUUGCUGUAUCAACGUCGACCUUCGAGCCAGAAGUUCCGGUUACGAAUACUGCAAAUGGAAAAUCUCGAGGAGCCAGCAAGAAGAUCGAUAUAAAGACCUACUAUGAGCGGACAGUACAACGUCGUAUGAGCGAGCAAGGAGAAUCGAAAAGAUUCGCAGAAAAUCCUGCAACGUUAACUCGAAGUUUAUCUUUCACGCCUAAAAUGGUCGAGCCAGAAAUUCCAAUCAACAAAUAUGCAUCCAUAACACACGAUGGCUCCAUUAAGGAUCCACGAUUACUUUCGGCGGUCAUUAAGCCCUAUUCAAUGAAUAGUAAAGAUAAUGAUAUCGGACAGACGACAUUGCAAAAGAAUAUUCGGCAAGAAGAGAGGCAACCGAUAUCUAAGAUUGCAAAGACAACACCGAAACCUACAGAAGAAGAAUCGUGUCAAGAUUCGAAUCGUGUUAUCGAUAUCAGCAGUGCUAUUGAGAAAAUUAAUCAGGAUACAUCGAAAAAUAAAUAUCCACUUAUAGCUAAUACAAGUGUCAAUGUACUGCCCAACGUUGUAACAAAGACUAAAACUAUAUCAUCGAAAUUUAAGACAGCAAAUGUAACGGAUAAAAAAUUGCAAAGCAAAGUUCCGUCCAAUUCUAAAAAAUUUAAGAAUAUUCGGUCAGAAGGAAGCAAAGAGUUGAAACUGAAAAAGGAAAUGAUGAAGGCACAAAAAAUGAAAAAGAAAUCUGAGACAAAAGCCACUAGUCUCGUUACAAAAGUAUAUUAUCCUUUGGUGAAGACAACAAGGACAGAAGAUGCGAAAAAUGUGAUUCAAGAAAAGAAAACUGUUAAUGCAAGUGAUAUGAAUAAAAUAAAAAUUGAACAGACCACAAGUUCUUGUGAAAGUAAGAUAAACAAUAAUUACAUGGAGAUGAAAGCAUCGACAAUUUUUUCGGAAAAUAUUGAUAAUAAUAAUGAAUUAUCGCAAAGUGUUAAUGAGACAAAAGAAAGUUUUUUAAGCGAAUUUAUUAAAGGAGAAAAUACCAAAAAAGAUGUAAGCAAUAUUGAAAACACUGAGUCAUUGGAGGCGAUGCAAAAUGAAGAAGCUCAUAACGCUGAAAGCACAAAUAAUACAGCAAAUAUCGAGAGCGCGAAUAAAGAACAAGAGAAUGCGGGAGAAAAUUCUAAUGUCAUUUCCAAACUCGAUGUAUCGGCAAUCUCUAUCAAAAUAUCAAACGAUAUUGUAAAAGCAAUUGAAGAGGAUUUCACGUUGAAUGAACAAUUUAACGCAAUGAAAGAUACGAAGCACCCGUUGAAAAAUUAUACGAAUCAAAUUCAAGUUGAAAAGUCAAGUAAUCGAGAUUUAUCGGAGAGCAUAAAUAAUCCGGUCUUCGCGAUCGAAGGGCGCAAUAUAAGUGACAUUCCCGAAUUGAAUAUAUCUCAAUCGGAUAUUAUCGACAAUACUCGGGAGGAUCAGCCGUUGAUAAAUACUAAUACGGUAAAUGAUGUCGAAAUUAAUGGUAAUAAAGAAAACAAUAUGGAAUCGAUUGUAUCGGACGGCACAUAUAAAGCUGCGAGCGUGGACGAGGAUAAUUCUUUGCUUAAGACCACCGAAUUCUCAUCGGCUUCGAACGAAAACUUCACAGAGCAACAAGAUACGAAGAACGGCGUCAUCUCUCCUGAAAGCGCGGGUAGUCCAUUCAAAGGCUUCCUUCAAGAGACUGUGAUAGAUUUUGAGCAGCCUAAUUCGUUCAAUCUCGAAUUACACGGAAUCGACAUCGCUAAGAAGGACAAGUUAUUCUUAAAUGAGUGUAAUGUAAAUUGCACGACACAUAUUAGCAAUCAUAAAGAAGAAAUGAAGAUCGCAAAGCAAGAGAAUUACGAUAAGUUAGAGUGUGAUUGUGCUAAUGACAUAAGUAUUAACGAGAAUUUUAACGUCGCUUUCGGCAAUAGUUUGCUUGUUUCGAAUAAGGAAUGUGCGACGAACGACAAGAGCGACAAAUCCGAUUUGGCGGCGAAUGAAAAUAGACAAGGACAAAUUGUGGAGAAAUCUUCGUGUGAAACAAUCGCUACUACGUUACACGAGGAUGAUGAUAUCGAUACCGGAAGUGGUGACGCGGAUAAACGAUUAAUAGACAAAGAGAAAUACGCAGAAUUAACGAUCAAGGAGUCCAUGUUUAUUGAAGAGGAAUCUUCUAAGGAUCUUACGAGUAAACUCACGACUACGAUUGAUCCUAAUUUGUCGGAUGCUUUAGACGAUGCUGCGAUUUCGGACGACGCAUUGAGAUUAGCGGAAAAUCAAACCGCGGAACAUCUCGAUAAUCAUAGUAUAGAUUUAGAAACAAAUAUAUCUACGGAGAAAAUCUCUUGCGACAAGCUGCCGAAUUUCGAUUCCGACGAACAUCUGGCGAACGAUAUGUUUUACUUGGAUGAUGAUUUGCAGAGUGCUGCCGCGUUCGAUAACAAGGAUGAGGCAUCCUUCUCUGUUGAUCGAGAAUCGAAUCCUCGAUAUGACAUUAUUUCGCCAGCCGUCACUCCGGAAACGACAAUAAUCGCGUCCACUUGCGCCGAUUUAUCGCAUGAUGAGAUACAAGAGAAACAGUGUAAAUUUGACUUGAAGCACAUUUCGAUGGACAAUCCAGAUUUACUUCCGGAAGUACCGUCGGUGGAACACUCAUCGAUCAUAACUGAUACAUCGUCAAGGAAAUUGAACAUCCCGACCAAAGCCGCUUUGAAAGAAGCUGCGACGAAUCUUUUUUCGAAAUCUCCUGAUAAUUUGUCGAUCAAGGAAGUAGCGCAGGAUAUUUUGGAAAAGGCACAACAAUGUGAAACAGAUAGUUUGAGUUACCGAAUACCAGACUGGAAUGUGGAUAUACACAACGAUAUAAAAACGAAUUCUUUAGACACUUACACUAAAGAUUGUGAAAACGUAAACAUAAUAUCGUCGACGCAAAAUAACACGAACGACGAAGGCAUUCAUAAGGAUAUCGGUGUCGACCAGAGUAAGACCUCAAUAACAUCUUCUGUUAAUAUAGAUAAGUGCCUACACAGCAGUGAUAUGAAACGUAAUCCAGUUGUGGAGUUAAGAAAGAUGAAAGAACUCGACAAAAUGAUGAGUGAGAAGAAGACGCAAGAAAGAACGAGAGACGGUGUAUAUAAAGAUCGAAGGAAGUGUAACGGUACAAUCUUACACAAAUUGAUAGAUAAACGGCAGAUGAAGUAUCGACCUGGGGGCGUCAAUCUGAAUAAAAACAGCUUGAAGAAAAAACUGAAGAAUACAAAACAAUUUACCGGCACAAGAGAAGAGAUACUGAAUAAAAUGUUAGAAAUUGAUAUCAAGAUACAUAAACUAAUGACGCAAAAACUACAAUUGCACGAGAUGUUGCAAAAUAAUCCCUUGUCGACCGUGGAAAGUACUGUGGCAAAUAGCGACGCAACGAAGGAAAACGAUACGAUUUCUGAUCAGGUUGGAAUAGUCUCGACAUUAACGUCGCAAUUACCGCAAAACGACAAAAUGCAUUGUGACAAACGAAAGAAACACUCGUCAUCGUCGAAACAAUCUCCGAUUAAACGGAGAAAAAGUGCGUCUCGCAGAUCGGAGGACAAUGAGAUUAUGCGUUACACGCAGAAGACGAAAAUGCCUGUAAUUAAAUGGAAGAAAAUGCCACGAUUAGAACAGAUAGUGAACAGACGAGAAGAGAAUCUUGAAGAGGAGAAAGAUUUUAACGAGAUGACAGAACAGAUUUUUGUAUGUAAAGACACGGAUGUCUCUUCAGUCUUGAAUGUAUCUGAAGAUGCUGCGCAACAGAAACCUGAACUGAACGCAUCUGAUGAUAUAACGAUACAAAAACCUGAAUCGAAUACAUCUGAAGACGCUACGAUACAAAAAUCCGAAUCGAACGCAUUCGCUACAAUUUAUUCUGAAGAUACUACGAUACAAAAGCUUCCAUCGAAUAAUACGCCGGAUCAUGAUACACAAGCGCAGGAGACUAUGGAGAUUGACCAAAAGGCUGAUUGUGACGUUGACGAUGAAUUUUCGAAGCCAACGAUUUGUUUAGAUAAAAAUGCAGAUAAUUGUACAGAGAAUUCUGUUGAACGAGAGCAUGCAAAUCAUUUUGAUAUUGAUAAGAGAAACGAUGUUUCAGCACCGAGCAAGGUAACGAGGACGAAUUCUCAGCCAGCGAGCACAUCAGAGUCCAUAUAUUCCGAUGACAGCACAUGGGACUUUUUCAUGCAGAACACUGUACCGGAGGUGCAUGAGAACAGGAAUGUGACGGGUCUCGUUUUAUUGGACGAGAAACUUAAGAAAGAACAGGCCAGGACGCGAAAGAUGAAGGCGAUUGUGCGUAGGAAGAAGAAGCAGCAGUUAAACGAUUAUUUGAAAACAGUCAAUAAAUUGACAAAGAAAGAGGAGGAGCUACCUUUGUCCAAAUUGUAUAUCAGAAAGUUACGACAGAAGCGGGAUUUGCUCGAUUCACUCAGUCAAAAAAAGGAAGACGAAAACGUGGUCGUCGAUCCGAAGAUCUUGAAGAAUAUGGACGAGGUGAUAAACGCGGUGGCACAGAACAGAGUGGAGGAUCUUUACAAGUCUCAAGCACGAAGUGUUUCUAAUGACAUUCCAACAACAUCCAACCUCUCGUCUCAACUUGAGGAACAUCAGUUUUACGUUGAUGCUGAGGCGAACGCUAAUUCGGAUUGGCCCUGUCGAGAGAAGGAAAAUAUAGAGGAGACCGCAGGACAACAGCAAGACAGUAACGAUGUACCAGCUGGGGAUGAAUCAAAUCAUGUCUUUAAAGUUGUGAACCAGAUCAAAAUUCCUUUUAAUGACGAACGUAACGUGGAGCCUGAUAGCAGCGUGACUCCUGAAGAAACUCUAAUCGAGAGCCAUUCUUUAGAUUGUGAGCGUGUCCCGUCGAAGGAUCUUAAUAACAUUGCAUUGCGCAAUUUCGACAUUAAAGUAUCGGUGCCUAAAAUUUUGAUAAAAAAUGAUUUUAAUCUAGGAUUGUUACAGAAAUUUAAAGAGGAGGGCGGCAUUAUCAGCAAUGGACUAGUCGAUUCUACAACGAACGUAUUUACUAACGCUGAGAAAUCGAUGAAGAAGAAUGACAAAGAUACUUUAUCGAUUGCCAAGUCGAUCCAAGUCGUGGAAGAAGAUAAAAAAAAAGAGGGAAGCAAAAUGAAUCUGAUCGAGAAGAAGGAUAAACAUACGGUAGAUAUGAGUGACGAUAAGCAGAAUAACGCGUAUGAAUUGCAAAAGGAUGAGACAAUCAAUGGCGUAAAAGAUGCACGAAACGCACUGCAAUCAAGUAUCGCAAAGCCCGAAUACUCUGAUAUUACUGGGAACGAAGAUACAGGCGAUAGUGUCGCGUCUAACAACAAAGUAGCAAUAAUAAAUGUUGCACGUGACUCGAGUGUCUCUGAUUCUAUCGUAGAAAAGGUUAAUGUGAAGCAGAAAAAAUCAGAUAACGAAUCCGAGCAGCUUUUAUGCGACACGGUUGCAUUAAAACAAGACUAUCAAGAUACGAAAAAUGCGAACGCUAAAGAAAAAGAAAGAAGUGAUAAUCCUAAAAGUGAAUCACAUGUAUUCGAGACGAUUUUAGAUAAUGAUCAUACUACCGGCAGUUCCAUCUCAAUUGAUCGAGCGAGUGAAAAAUCAGAAGAAUCCAACAUGUCCAUUGAUCAAAGAUCUAGUUUGGAACACUCGACUAUUUCCAGCUUUUUAUUUGAUAAAAUAAAUACGAAAAAUGUGGAAACGAGUAAAGCACGAUCUCGCCGAAAAUCCAGCACUUCAGCGCCGAUACGUAGAAGCACGAGGUAUACCAAUGAAAAUGUCAAAACUAAUAAAAUGAACGAAAUUGAUUCUAAUUCGAACAGUUGCGAACAAGAACCAAGCAUUCACGAAAGAGAUCUAGUAAUGCAACGUAGGAGCAAAUCCCCUACGUGGGCAAUACGCGAUGAAAAAAUUUCAAACAAUGUUAGAAAGAAUCGUGCUGCUCAAAAAACGCGAAACACAGCUCGGAAAGAAUUGGUUACUGAUUGUGGAACCAAGACUGAAAAUUCGGUGAAAUCGCGUCUUUCUGUGGAAUCCGCAUCAAAGAACAAGACCGCGAUAAUCACGAAAAAGAGAAAACAUACGGAAUGGCAAAUGAUGAACUGUAAAGUGAGACUGAUUGACUGUAAAUAUACUCUGCUUAAGCGAAAUGUCAAUCCGGAGAUUUUAGACAGACUUGGAAUAAUUGCUAUUAAUCCUUAUGUACCGAGUGAUAUAGUCUACAUGCCACGUGCCAUAUAUGAUCAUACAGACAUGCCAGUAAUGCCUGCUACAGUUUCGGAGCAAACUUCUUGCUUUCUUUUAGAAAAAUCCUCCGAUAAAAAAAAUACGGAGAUUGAAAUUUUGGAAGAGAAAUCAAUUAAAAAGAGUGAUGAUGAUCCCAUUCAAGAAGCCACUUCGAUGGAGAUCGAUGAGCAAAAGGAAGCAUUGAAAACUCAGUAUAUAGUUCACAAAGGUCCUAUCUUAGAUAUCAAGAUUUUUGAAAACUCUUUCCUAGCAGCAAGUGAAGACGGUAAAAUAUACAGAUAUAGCCAAACGUCUAAUGGAAUAUUGAAUAUCUACAAAGGUCACAAAUCUGCGGUUACUUGUCUACAUAUCUACAAAUCGGAAAUCGCAGGCAUUAACGAGGAAUUUAUGUAUUCCGGUUCCUUAGACGGCACCUUGCGUUGUUACAAUAUAAUAACAGGUACAUUGGUAAAGAAUCCGGUGCAAAUAAACAGCCCGAUUCAGUGCAUGGAUCAAGCGUGGGGAAUGAUUUUUAUCGGAACUAAAUCUGGACAUGUUUCGCGUUUUCAUAUCAAGGCUAGCAGCAUUAAAGGAAAUAGUAUAAAGUUUUCGGACAAGUCAGUUCUUGCGCUUAAAGCGACGAAUGAAGGUCCACGAAAAAUUCUCAUCGUAGCUUCUCGAAACCAGCCGAUAACUAUUCGAGAUGCACAAACCGGCUUGUUUCUUCGUACGAUUAGCGGCCAGAAGAAUCACACGGUUUACAGCCUGAUGCGUCACAAUAAUCUCAUCUAUUGCGGUACGAGUAGCACGUCCAUCAACGUUUUUGAUUUCACGACGGGUGAACAAACAAUUCAAUAUGAUGCUGGAGUCGGAAUUGUAUGUAUGCGGCUUUCGGGGCAAUUAUUGUUCGCAGGUUGUUACGACGGCAAUAUCUAUGUUUUUGAUACAAGAAACCACAAAUUAGUAUGUAGUAUACCUGGCCCAGGAAAUAUGCUAUUGAGUAUAGAAGUUGUACAUAAUAAAAUUAUAGCAGGAAGUAAAGACAAGCGUUUGCAUUUGUGGCAAAUGCCGACUCAAGUGCGUGCCUUACUAUAAAAGAUAUACAUAGCACGCCUAAGAAUUCUCUACUUUGAAAAUAGUUAUGUUGAAAACUGGCCAAUCAGUUAACAGCUCACAGUGAUCGAAUAAUACUAGAUGAAACAGGAGACUCACUUGACACUGAAGAUAUAACGACAUAACAAAUAUGUAUUUUAACUUUUUCACUAUAAAUAGCAUUAUAUCUUUAUUAUAUUUCCCGAAAUGCUUUUAUUUAUAUCUUUUAUAUUUAGUGAAAUUGCAUAUAUUAGAUUUAGAAUAUAAAAUGAUAAAUGAUUUUAUUUAUAAUUUUUAUAAUACAAAGAUUAUAAUAGAAAAUGUAAAAACUAUUUAUAGUGAGAAAGUACUGGCUGUUACGAAAUCGUUUGUUAUACAAACCAAUAUGCGCUGUAUGAAAGAUUACAAUAUAUGCAAUUUAUGUAAAAGUGUAAAAUGUACAUUUGUAAAGAAUUUAGACUGAACUGAUGCAAGAAUGAAAAUUGUAUGCAUACGUUAUGCAAAAGCAUUAGGCAAAACUUUCACCUUUAUGUACUCAUUUGAAUCGUGACACUUAAGAUUGAGUGCACAAUGAAAUUUUUUGUCUAUGAACGUAAACAUUUUAAACUGUUUAAAAAUGUGUGGAGAUUGGACACACAUAGUUGAAAAUAAUUGCACUCAAUAUUGUGAUUUCUAUAACGUGUUAUACAAUACUCUCGUUCUACAAUACUUAUUGUUGUGUUUCACAAAGAUUCGUUAUUCUAUGUUAGCCGUUCUUAGAAAGCUAUAUGUUU